GAUGGUCUGCUCUUUGGAUUAACCGCAAGUAGCUCUGAUAUGAGCGCUUUCAACUGCGCUGGAAUUGGGCGAAUUGUGCCCGUAGAUAGGUCGCUAUCUGGAAACGGAACACUGAAUCAGAUAAAUAACACUCCAAAUCCACGUCUUCAAUCUGUCGAUACGGUAACCGCGAAUAACAAAGUACUGUCUACAGUCAGAAGCUCGGGUGCCAUAAAUUCCAGAGUCCCGGUCGCACCAGUUCUAUCUCGAUCAGUUAACUGGUCGAGAAUUUCACACUCUCCAAAAUCAGAUAUUAACACUCUCGGAAUACCCGUUUUAUGGGUUGGAUUAGA